AAUGAUGAUCCUCUACGUCUCUGCCCGAUGAAACAUGCGUUCAUCUCGCUGCCAUUAUGUCUGAAGAAGCUGCACACCUAGCUAGGGAGGCGAAGAGCUUCCAGCAUACUCUAAAAGACUCACUCAAGGCCAAGGAUCCAUGGGAUAGAGAGACGGACUUUACGCGGAAACAGCUGCGGCGGAAUUGUCUGCGGCUGCUCCUGCUACAUCCGUAUGCCCCGGAAUCCAAGGACGCCGAGACGAUGCUAUGGAUCCAGACGUCCUACCAGUUCAUCUCCCUCUACAAGCAGCGUAUAGCCGCACUCGACCGCGCCAUUCACAGCAACUCUCGUCAACAGCAGCACCAGCAGCAAGCACAGGGGCAGCAGGGGCAGGGGCAGCAGGGAGGGCAGCAGCCGCCCCGCCAGCACGGCGGGCACGGCGUCGUUGAGUACCGCAAGCUCCUGCAGCGCUUCCGCCAAUUUCUCGCCGACGAGGAGAAGUUCUGGAUCCAGCUAAUCGUGCGUAUCCGGAGGAUUUUCCAGCUCGAAGACACGCAGCCCGUUCUCGCCGAGCUUGGCAUCCUUCCGGACGACGACGGCACGCCUGCGGACGGCGCGGCGCCCAAACGCAACCAUUUCCAGUUCCCAUCCGAUGCAGACGUCGAGGCCGCCGCGCCGUCGCUUACGCCCACCACCCGGGAGCAGCGUGAAAGCCGGAUGUCCAUUCUCAGUAAGGCGCUCGUGUGUCUCGGCGACAUCGAGCGCUACAAGGAGCAGUACAACGAGGCGGGUGGACGGCCGCGCGCCGGGCACGAAGACGGGCCCCCUGCGGUCAACCCGAACAACCAGAAGGGCGGACGCGGACGGAAGGGCGGGGCAGCGCCGCCGAACGGUGCGCCUCCCUUGUUGGCGCGGCUGCGCGACUACCAGAAGGCGCGCCAGUGUUACCAGCAGGCGCGCAUUCUCCUACCGCAAGAUGGGAACCCGGCGCACCAGAUGGCCAUUCUGGCAUCGUACCAGAAGGAUACGUUUGGCUCCCUGGUGCACUACUAUCGUGCAUUGUGCGUUCGAACGCCGUAUGACACCGCUGCCGACAACCUCGGCACUGUGCUGACCAAGGCCCUUGACGCGUGGAGAUCGCGGGGCGCAAAGAAGGAAAAGGAGCGGGAGAAGGAGCACCUUCGCGGAGAGCUGCCGUCAAUGGCCCCACGGCUGCGCGUCGAGGCAUUCAAGGAGAAGCUGAUCGUUCUGCAUGCGCUGUGGAGGCUUUCACCAGACGAGGCUGACGCGAUAGCGCCGAACCUGCCUCAGAAAAUCGCGGAGGAGUUCAAGGCUCUGGUUUCCGACCGCGUCCUCCCCCACGAUAUCAUCAUGACGGCUAUAAUCCUUGCCCAGGGAGCACUGUGGAAACACCGCAUGUUCCGGAAUUCGUCCAGCGGCAGUCACAGGAGGAGCAUACCCGCGGCGGUGUCGGCUACUGUGGAAAGCUCGAUAGCUGCGCAUCUCCUCACUAUGCACAGGGUCCUUCUCGAGGUCGGAAUUGUACAGAUUGCUGAAGCCCCGCCGGAAGACGCUGCAGAGCACGACCUUGCCCAGCGGAUCACCGCGGAGUUCCGGCGCACACUACCGGCUCUCAGAAUCGGGAGCAAAUGGCUGAGAGCGAACCUGCGCUACCUCGCCCAGGCUUGGCAGCAGCACAUCGCGAACGGCGCCGCACCCGACACCCCGUCGUCUUCGAAGCCGAAGGGCCGGGACCGUAGACGAGAUAGCGACAGACGCUCGAGCGGUGCGACUACCACCCCCACAAUGCCUGGUCUCCCCGAAUUUUGGCGAUCAUAUGCGCAGUUCGCGACCGCGCUGUGGCGUAUGUUCCCCCAGCAGAAGCUCCCGAAGCUUGUGACGACUUUGGACGAGGAUGUGGAGAUGGCGGGCUUCCUGCCGCUGAAGAAGUUCGUGCCGAGUGAGGUCGUCGGAGCAACCACCGCUUCCAAGGACAUACCCGUUGACGAUCGUAAUGGCGGACCGGCGAAGGUGAAAACGCUGCAGCCAGAGCAAGUGCAUCCAAACGAGGAGCAGCUCAUGAGGAUCGCGGAUCUCCUUGCAGACGCACAAGCUCUCGCCAGGGACGAGAUAUGUCCAUUGAACGUCUUUGAAGGCAACUUCUCAGUCGAAGGAACGUAUUAUCCGCCCGCUGCAGAUCGACGACCCCCUCAGAAGAUCCGCCCGCCUCCGACCCAGUCCCAAGCACAGGCUGUCCGUGAACCCGCUCGGCAGCAUGUCUCGCUAAAAGACCCUCCUCAGUUCCUUCCACAUCUGACAUACGAGCCCCGCGGCAUGGAGCGGGAUGAGGAUAACAUGACAGACAUUACUCGCACGGAGGAUGAUCCUGUCGAUGCCGCUUUCCGCAAAGCGUUAGGUCCCCCGACUGACGCCGGAGACGAUGAUGAAGAGGAUGAGAUUGUUUGGGAACCCCGCGCGGCUCCCGUUCCACCACCUAUCUCUCGGGAUCCUGUCGUCGUCGCCGCGCCGAAAAGUGUGCCACCACCUGCUAUCUCACCCCCAAGGCCUCACGUCUCUAGCCCGGUUGCUCCCGCUCUAAGCCCGCGCAGUCCGCCUUCUCGGUCUCCCAACUUCGCGCCGAAGCGCAGUGUGGACCUCACGCCGCCAUCAGGGCUUCCCCCUAGUGUCACCACUGCCCAGGACAUCCUUGCCCACGUCCUCCUCCCGCCGAAGGGUGACUUGGCUCGAUCGCUGCAUGCUCGUCAGGCAUCGUCGCCUCCCACCCACAUGCUGUUCGGCUCAAACCCUCUCGGCGGCGGUCCGUCGAUAUGGUCAUCGAGCGAGAGCGACGGGCUCGGUUUCCAGGGCGCUGCGGGCACCACGAGCGGCCCCUCGUAUCCGUCGUACCAGCUGCAGAGCCAGUCGCAGAUCGCACAUACGCAGUCGCCCGCGUAUCCUCUACAAUCUACGCUCAGUCUGGGACACGGGUCCGUGCCUCUCGGAACGAGUCGCUCCUACAACGGGUUGCCGCCGGUCGGGCACAGCCAUCAACGGGUCCAGUCGCUGUCGCUGGGGCGUUCGCCGAUGUUCCCGCUAAGCCAGGGCCAGGAGUUGUACUCGUCCAGCCGGAGUCAGAACCAAAGCCAAAGUCAGAGUCAACCGCUGCCGGACGGGUUCGGCUCGUACCCUGCGCUCACUGAGCACUCAGCCGUCGCGUAUAGCACCGGCGUACCCGCUGCAUACGCCGAUCCCGUGUACUCCCGCAAGAUGGACGCCGGCUUCCUUCACCAAGGGACGAUGGGAUACGCCGACCGCUCCCUCCCCUACCACGUCGACGCGAGGACGAACGGCACCCAGCCCGGGCCGUACCCCGCGCUGUCUUCGAUGGCCCAGCUGUGGAACAAUGGCGGCUGAACGGCUUCGCUGCCGUGUACCGGAACUAUAACUCUAGACUAUCCCUCCGCGAACGGCUGCGGCACUUGCUGCGUCGCGUGGAUCGCCAAGGCCUCCUGUACGAGGGAGCCCGAGACUCGCCCGUAGAAGCUAGCACACCCCUGGGAGGGCAGGAAACCGCGACAUCUCGGCGCCGUAAGACCCCGGGUCGCGGUCAGCUCGUCGCAACGCCCUCUGUCGAAAUUCCUCCCGCGGGCCCCCCGAACGGCGCUCGUCUCAGCGCAACACUUUCCGCCCGGACUUCUGUGUCGCCUAUGUGUCUAUUCUUCGCUGCAGUGUGUUGUAUUGCCCUGGUUCAAUGCUCCCCGAUCUCGUUUCUAUGCUAUCGUGAUGUGCCUCCUUCCAUGCUCCAAGUUCGCUCACAUAUAUCUCCCUUGUGCCGGGGCCUGUGAGCUUGUACUAUAGAUUCCGUGGAUCCGCUCGG